GAAGAAGGCUACCCCAUGAUUGAUCGCGUAUAUGAGAGUGCCGAAGGUUGUUUCAAUGCCGAGGGCUUUAAUUCUCAUACUUAGAAAAAAAAAAAAAUUUUGCUUUGUUGUAGUAGUGAACUAACCCUUGUGUGCCUUCUUGUGUUUCAGGACCAGAUAUGGACGCCCGGAACCUUGUCAAGCUGAAGAGACAACUUGCCAGGGAAGAGCAGAAGAAGGAGGCCCCCGCAUAGCAGAGGGCGGUCGACGAGAUCUUCCCCAAAGCGGGUGCGGCCGAAGAGGCCAAGGAGGUGGGACCCGUCCCGGAGGCCGCCGUCGGGGGCUCCCCCGGUCUGGAGCCGAAGAGGAAAAGGCUUGGGAAGGACCCGGCACAACCGGAGGGGAAGAAGAAGAAGAAGGGGGGCCCGGAGUUGAAGGAAGCCCUCGUUGUGGUCGUAGAUGAAUCUUCUCUCCCCAAGCCUUCGGGUCAAGCCACUGAUCUGACAUGGCCCCAGGACAAGGUCCAAUUCUCCAUCACGAAGGGGACUGCUAUCAUGCACGGGACCCUGAACCCGAAGGAGUUUUUGAGGGGUGCCACCCCUCCGACCGAUAAGUCUGUGCUCUCCCGUCAAGCCGACGAUGUCCUCUGCUCUAAGGUUCUGAUGGCCUCGGUUACGGCAAGCCUUGGCCUUGGCGAGCUGGUCCAGAGGAUAGAGCAGUAUGACUCGGAGAAGAAGAAAGCCGCUGAAGCACUGGCUGAGGCCCGAAGGCAGCUCAAAGAGGCCGAGGACGCUCGCAAAGCUGAGCAAGAGGCUUUCAAAGAAAUCCUCGAGGGCUCCAAGAUGGUGGCCAGAGCCGAAGGCAAAGCAGAGGCGGAGAAGGCUGCGGCCGAUGCUGCCAAGAAAGCCGCGAAGGAUGCCGAGGAGGCCCGGAUCAAAGCUGUCGCCGAAGCCCGGGAGGAUGCUGUUGCCGCUUUUGCUGAGGAGGGAUGGAAAGCCGAAGGCCGGCAGGAAUGGGUGGCUUCGGUGGUGGAAGCUUCGGUGAACGAAUGGGUGAAAGGCCCAGGCGCAAUGUGGUUGGCCCGAAAGGGGAAAGAGUAUUAUGACAGGGGUGAGUACUUUACUCAGGCCCUUGUAUAUCGAAGGCUGUCCCGGCAUUUUGAGGUGGACCCGAAGGCCUUUGAUCCGGCAUCCUAUGGUCUCCCUCCCCUUCAGCCAGACCCCAGGGUUCCCCUCCCUGAAGGUGUUGUGAGGCCUGAUUUGGAAGACUCCAUGUUGAUGGCCGAGGGCAGUGACGAAGAGGAGGAAAUUGGGGAUGAUGCCGCGUCCAAGCCUGCAGUAGAGGACGCCUCCGGGAAUGCCGUUGUUGAUUCGUAACCUGUACUUAGUAAAUAUUUGAAACUUCUGUUGUAAUGAACACCAUUGAUCCUUCGGCUUCGGCCUGUUUGUAACAGUUACAUUUACUCCUUUUUGUGAUGAUUGAUGGAUG